CAUGUAAGAUACCAUGGAAGUAUUUCCUUUCAGAAGACCAAAAAUAUUUUCAACUCUAUAUCUUUCUUUUUCAGAAUAGUUGCAGAAGGUAAAUCCGUAACACCUCUCAACAAAGUUGAACUUUUAUCCCCUAUUACCAAUCCAGACAAAGUUGCCUGUGUGGGACUUAAUUAUAGUGGACAUUGUGAGGAGCAAAAUAUACCACUACCUCAAGAACCAAUGAUCUUCAGUAAAUUCUCUUCUUGUAUCGUUGGACCUUUCAGCAAUGUCGAGAUACCACCAAUCACAAACAGUGUUGAUUGGGAAGUGGAACUGGCAGUAGUGAUAGGGAAAAAAGCGAAAGCAAUAAGAAAAGACUAAGUCAAUGACUACAUAUUCGGAUACACAGUGGCUCAAGAUAUCAGUGCUAGAGACUGGCAGAAGAAACGGAACAACGGGCAUAAGUCUAUGGAUACAUUUUGUCCUCUAGGACCGGCUGUAGUCACUAAGAACAAAGUCGAUCCAUCUAAUCUAGCAAUUAAAUCUUGGGUUAAUGGAGUUCAGAAACAGAAUGGAAAUACAUCGGAACUUAUAUUCAAGAUAGACUUCUUGGUAUCUUACCUGUCUCAGAUUGUUACCCUCUAUCCAGGUGAUGUCACACUGACGGGUACUCCUGCUGGAGUAGGUAUGCAUAGAAACCCACCGGAAUUUUUGAAAAAAGGGGAUAUUCUGGAGAGUGAAAUCGAAGGGAUUGGAAGGCUGAAAAACAUGAUAGUCUGAUUUNCUG